GCCUUAAAUUUCUGUUGAAGUGCAGAAGAACAUUCGGGUGGAGAAGCUUUCCAUAGAAACUUCGAUAGGUUUCACAAAGUCAAAAUGGAACAAGAUUUUUGUCUCCCUUCGUUUACAAAUUUCGAUCCAGUUCCUCGACAUGUCAAUCAUUUUCAACUGUGAAAUCCAAUCCCCUGUUCAUGGCGGUUCAAUCCAAACAUUUCCAUUCCAGCCGCCAAUUCACCGGCGCCGGCAACGACGGAGCGGCCGCCAGUACCAUCGGCGCCACCGUCUGUAACCUCACUCCCUCUCUAACAGCUCGGAUCAACCAACAGUUUGAUCAGUCUCUCAUUGCUUGGGUCGUCGGUAUGAAGAUUCAUCCACGGCAGCUCGCCGUUCGCCUUCGCCGUAAUCUUCAUCUCGCUGGAGAUUUGGACGUCUUCGAGCUAGGGCUUGGCUUUUUCGUGCUCAAAUUCUCCAACGCUUUAGACUACUACGAAGCCCUCGAGGAGCGUCCAUGGUCGAUUUCUCACCUUUGCAUCUAUGUAUUCCCAUGGAUUCCCAAUUUCAAGCCCUCCGAGGCCUCGAUUCCUUUCGUUGAUGUCUGGAUUCGGCUCCCGGAGCUCAGCAUCGAGUAUUACGACAAGGAGGUUUUGGAGAAAAUUGCGAAAACCAUCGGCGGCCGUCUCGUGAAAAUCGAUCCGGUAACUGAAACACGAGAGAAAUGUAUGUAUGCUCGUAUCUGUAUUAGGAUGAAUUUAGGUUAUCCCCUUAAUUUGAGUUUCCAAUUUGGGAAAAAUCCGCAAAAAAUUGUGUAUGAGGGUCUGGAUUUGUUGUGCAUUGUCUGUGGAUGUGUUGAUGAUCUGAAACAUGAUUGUUUGAGCAACCCUUCUUGUUCUUCUGGCUUUGAUCCCCAUCACCAUAGAGCUCGUCCAUUGCAGGCCAUUGGCUCGAGUUCGAAUUCGAAUCCAAGUUCGAGUUCAAAUUUGAAUCCGAAUCUGAGUUCGAGUUUGAAUUCGAAUUUGAAGAUGCAAUUGAUUCCUUCUAAACCCGCACCAGCAUCAGCUUGUGGAUCUAGAUUCCAAGUUCUUGAGUUGAAUUUGAAUGAAGAGCCAAGCCUUCCAGUUAGUGAAUCUGAUAAAGCAGUAAAAGAAUCUCCAUCAAUAACCAUGAAAGCUCCUUUGUUAAAACAGACCAAUUUGAUUCGAUCUGUGCCUUUAGCUCCUUGUGUUCUUGAAGAUCAUCAGUUCAGGACUGAAAAAACCAGCAGCCCCACAACGCUUGCAGUCGAGGACAAUGAACCACAACCAUCAUCAUUGGCUAUUAAACGCAUAGCUCCCUGCAACCAUCUUCUGCUUUAGAGGCUGGCCUCAAGUUCUAUUCCACUGCAAUCCAACAAUCAACAAUACAGAAAGCGAUAAACAACAUGACAUCCGAACGAAUCAGUGUCAAUAGUUUUCCGACUAUUUACACCAUCGAUCCAACGAUCACAGGCCUUGCAGUUGAAUUGUUAGAACUGUCAGCAACAACCACAAGAUCAAACCAAAACGAGCAUGCUAUCCACAUUGUGCCAACUUCAGAGGCUGUAUCAAUGUCUGCAUCAUGUUGUUCUAAGAAAAUGUUGUGCUGGAAUUUUCGUGCUACAGACAACGCGAAGCUAAUGCGAGCAUUGAAAGAUCUGAUUCAAUUACACAAGCCAUCGAUUGUGCUGAUCUUUGGCACCAAGAUCAGUGGUGCUGAUGCAGAUCAUGUUGUUCGGGAGCUCGCUUUCUGACGGUUCAUAUUGUAGAAAGCCUGAUGGCUACAAGGGUGGAGCUUGGCUGUUGUUGUCCAAGCUAGACGUGCAAAUUGAAGUCAGCUCCUACAGCCCACAGCAGGUUUCUGCAUCGGUAAUUCUUCAUUCUAAACCCAUUAAAGCAGUGAUAUAGGUCUUUCAAAUGCAGAUAUCAGAACAUCUCCACGACCAUGGAGACAAACUUUCUGCUAUGCUUCAAUGGAAUGCUGAUGCAAGAAGGUAAAGAAGCAUUGGGUACCAUUUUCUUAGAUUUAAAAUACAGAGAUUUCUAAGCUUCUGUUCAUUAGAAUGGCUUGAGAAAGAUAAGUUUAUGUUUGUGAUAUA